AUGACCGACCCUCUCGUCUCCUGCAAAACGAACAGGCUCACAUCUAACCCUUCGUACUCUCGACAAGACUCUGUACUGUGCUCUCGUAGAUCUCGGGACGAAAGGAGAGUUUCGCCAUAUCCCCGCCGCAACCAGCCAUCACGAGAAUCAAUGUCCUCCGAUGAGCCGAGGGAUACGUUCGCCAUCCUCCACGAUGAGCUUCUUCAUCUUCCCUCCAAUUGGGAUACCGGCCUUCCUCAAGGCUCCGGCCUCGCUCUUGAAGAAUUAGCAUGUAUCCUAUCUACAUUCUUCCGGAUAAAGUCCGGCUGGCAAAAGGCUGUCUAUCCUAAUUUGUUUCUUCGAGACCUCCGAAAUGCCUUAAAUUCCGCAGAAUCCGGUGUUCUGCCCCAGAAGGAUUAUGCUUCUGUGAUGUUGUACAACGCCGUUAUUGCCUACUCGCUGGGAUACUCCGAAGUGGAAGAUCAUCGAUCGCCAGAGUACAGAAAGCAAUUUGCUUUGGAGGCGAGGAAGCAUUUCGAUGCAGAGUGCAGUGCCCCGACGCUCGCGACAGUACAAGCACUGGCGAUUCUGUCUUCGUUUUAUAGCGGAAUUGCCAACCAAGGACUGAAUUUCACGUACCUCGGGACAGCUAUUCGUGUGUCACAAACUCUUUGUUUGGAUGGAGGAAAUUUUGGCCAGAGAACAAUGAAUCCUGAAGAAACGUGCUCUUCGAUUGUCUUCUGGAAUUUGUACUGUUUGGACAAAGCAUGCAGUCUCUAUGUUGGUUCAUUCCCGGAGGUAGGACCAACCCGCAAUCUUUUCAAUUUUCCGGGCUCGGUCCCGCCUGAGGACGAAGCAUUUACCGCGCAUGUUGGCCUUAUGCAAAUUGCAUCCUCAAUCAUGGAAAUCCUUUACCGUAACGACGGACUUUGUAGAACCGACAUCGACGUCGCCCGGGUAGAGCGAAUGAGCGUUGUGAUUGAUAAGUGGAACGAAAAUCUUCCCCAGAGCCUCCGCGUAGAUGUCCAUGAAGAAGGGACUGAACCAAGCGUCGACCUGAUUAUGAUCAAGGCGAUUUUUGAGUGGAUGAACAUCCUGAUCUACCAGCCAUUCUUCCAGGACAGCAAAGUGAUCACAUUCACUUCGUCAUCUUCGACUCAGCUUGGAGGAGUCAGCGGGGACACCUACAACAGAAUAUCAAGGCUGUGUAGCAAGGCGAAACUAUGUGCUCCUCCAGCAGCAUUCAGGAUCACAGCACUAUUUGAGGCGUUUGACCGUCGUUAUGGUCUCAAAUUGGCAGACAAUACAGCCGUGCAAAUUGCCUAUGCUGCGGGAAAGAUGCACUUGUUGAGUGCCACGCACAACCCUGGCUACCGUUAUGAGAAUGGGGAUCCUGGUCAAGGCGUCACCAGGUGCAUGGAAAUUUUACGAAAAAUAGGAGAAACGUGGCCCUCAGGCAUGGCUUCAGCGACUAGGCUGGAAGAAUUAUACCGACCUGUCCGUGAGCGCCAAGAGUCUGCCUCGGAAGGCGUCAACCCGCCCUCGCCGCCUCCACCUUACACUUGA